AUGAUGAUAAAUGUUUCUCCAAUCUUUUACCUUCAAAAAUUCCAGGUACGUUAUCUAUGCCCAGAAGAAGACGCCCCACGACUAGCUUUGGCUCUCAUGCUAAGUAAUAUGUAUGUUCGUUCAUUCAUCUCCUCUAAACUGGGUAUCGAGCAACUGCCGCUGUCGGUUGCGUUCUUCUCCCAAGUGGAUUGCGAUAGAGUGCUGCGCAAAGAGGUUCAUUUACCUUGCUUUAACGUGGACGGUACAAAAGUACCUGACGGUGUUUCUUGGACAAUCGAUGAUGUGGUGCAAAUUACUGGAGGAAAACUGGAGCGCACAUCUGUAGAAAGGCAGAAAGCCGUCCUGUGA